UCAGCAUAUUUGAUCCAUUGGGUGGAAUUCCAAACGAGUUUAUUUUAGGUCAAGACCAUCAAUCUAUGCAUUCUCUUUUGAGUCUCUUUUGGUUUUCCACCAAUCAUACAAGGGCUAUAUUGACCACAGAACUGUCUACUCUGCAGUAAAUACAGGCACAGCACAAAUGGGGAAGUGACAGUGAGCUGUGAACUGGAAAUGCAUACUUAUAUACGUAUAUAGUAGCAUCUACAUUCACAAGACAUUUUGCGACAGAGACUGGUCAACACACUUUUCACCAGAACGCUUGUUCAGGUCGACUAGAGAAAAUACCUGUCUUUAUUUCUGACAUGAAGACCCAAAUAUGGAAUAUCUUCUGUCUGACAAUGGUCUAUCUAUGGAAUGGACCUCUACCUACAGGUGCCCAGGUCAGGCUGGUCAAUGGGAAUGGUCCCUGCUCUGGGAGAGUGGAGAUCUAUCACAACAGCCAGUGGGGAACAGUGUGUGAUGACAACUGGGAGAUGAAUGAUGCUAAGGUGGUCUGUAAACAGCUGGGCUGUGGGAGUGCUAUGAGUUCCCCAGGGUCUGCCUACUUUGGUAAGGGCACUGGGCAGAUCUGGAUGGAUGAUAUUGAAUGCUCUGGUAGUGAAAGCACACUCACACAGUGCUCACACACUACAACACAUAACUGCAAUCAUGGUGAAGAUGCUGGAGUUGUCUGUUCAGGUGCCCAGGUCAGGCUGGUCAAUGGGAAUGGUCCCUGCUCUGGGAGAGUGGAGAUCUAUCACAACAGCCAGUGGGGAACAGUGUGUGAUGACAACUGGGAUAUGAAUGAUGCUAAGGUGGUCUGUAAACAGCUGGGCUGUGGGAGUGCUAUGAGUUCCCCAGGGUCUGCCUACUUUGGUCAGGGCACUGGGCAGAUCUGGAUGGAUGAUAUUGAAUGCUCUGGUAGUGAAAGCACACUCACACAGUGCUCACACACUACAAAACAUAACUGCAAACAUGGUGAAGAUGCUGGUGUUGUCUGCCUCUCAGUUGUCUUGUUACAGCCCAACAUCUCUCUCAAUGCUCCAAAUGGAGGGAUGUUCUGGGGACUUCAGGGGCCAGAGGUGACCAGGGGCCACAGCUUCUCCAUCACCUGCUCCAUUCAGCCACAGUAUCCUGGAGGCCUCUUUUAUCUGGACUUCUCUGGGUCCAACAGGACUGAAACUGAGCCAGCAAUCAACCACUCUGCCUCCUUUCACUUUCCUGUUGCAGACUAUACAGACCAGGGGAACUACAGUUGUGUUUAUGAAGUUAAUGUCUCCACCCUGUCAUUCCAUUCUACCAAGACAGAGUUGCUGACAGUCGGCAUUCGAGUUGUCUUGUUACAGCCCAACAUCUCUCUCAAUGCUCCAAAUGGAGGGAUGUUCUGGGGACUUCAGGGGCCAGAGGUGACCAGGGGCCACAGCUUCUCCAUCACCUGCUCCAUUCAGCCACAGUAUCCUGGAGGCCUCUUCUAUCUGGACUUCUCUGGGUCCAACAGGACUGAAACUAAGCCAGCAGUCAACCACUCUGCCUCCUUUCACUUUCCUGUUGCAGACUAUACAGACCAGGGGAACUACAGUUGUGUUUAUGAAGUUAAUGUCUCCACCCUGUCAUUCCAUUCUACCAAGACAGAGUUGCUGACAGUCAGCAUUCGAGCAUCCAUAGUCCCCAUUAUUGCCUCUGGUGCAAUAGGCGGGCUACUGCUCCUCCUCCUACUGCUCAUUCCUUGUCUAGUCUGGAGGAAGAUAAGCAGCAGAGAGCAGUCUAUUAUGAUAAACCCAAGAGAAACGAGGGAGGGAAAUGAUGAAGAGGACUAUGUCAACGUAGAAACCUUUGUCAACAAGCGAAAAUAUGAAGACCUGAAAAAAGGAUGCGAUGCAGAAAUGUAUAUGAAAAAGGAGUUGCUUACCAGUAAAAAUAAUGAGAAUGCUCCAGGAGCCAUGAACAAGUUUGGAAACAACCAAGGUGAAGAAGGGCCAGAGGCAAGUGAGGAAGAUGAGGCCGACUAUGAAAAUGCAGACAUCUUCACAGAGAGGGAUUUUGCUGAAGACAUCUACGAUGAAGACAGUGAGUCUUUAGACCUGGAGCAGCUCACUUCAUGUAAAUCUGGAAGGGAGAAUGACUAUGAAGAGGAUGACAACAUAUACGCAAACUAUGAGUAAAGGCCUUGUAAUACGAAUGCUGAUGCAGAGAUAUUGAUGCCAGGAAAGGCAUGAAAGGUUAGCUUUGUGAGUUGAAUUAUAAUGGCUUAAUUAAAAAACAACUUUAAAAAACAAAAUGUUCACUUAGUAGAUACGAGUAAUGGCUUUGUGUGAAUAUGAAUUACAAUUUCUACGUAAGUAGUUUGGGUGUAUUAUUUCUAGUUGUAUUGUUUCCAGGUACUUGUAUGAGAUUUUAGACCUGACUAUGUUAUAUAUAUUUAAAAAUAAUGACAUUAUAUUAUGACAUUAUUUACUUCAGUUUAAAAAGAGUGAUUGUCUUGAUGAAUUGGUUGAACGCAUUGAACAUAAUCUAUUAUUUCAUUUUUUAAGUAAAUAUAUUAAUACUUUAGACUAUUUCUCGUCUAUAACGUUCAGUGUGCUGUCAAAUAAUAGUCUGUAGCAAUGACUGGUUGUGAUGUGCUAAACUUGAGAUCUACUGUAUGACAAACUGUAAAAAAAAAAAAAAAAAACAUUUGUACUGUGUGUGUAAAUCUAACAAUAAUUUGAUUUCAGUGUACAUUUUCAAUUAUUGUAUGUAUGGCUUUAAAGAACAAGAAAUCCAUGAA